AUGGUAGAAUCUAUAGAUGAAUGAUGGCAAGAAGAAUUUAUGGAAAACUUAACUUCUCCACUCUGGAUAGCGAACAAAAUCAUUAGAAACAUCCCUAUUUUUAACAAUUAAACCCAUAGAUGGCAAGCAAAAUAUUUUAAUAUACAAAUUUUUAUUAAACAAUUAUUACUCGAGCUCAUUCUAUAGGCAGCUUUCAUCCUUAAACAUUUUUUUUAAAUGACUGAUUUUUCAUUUCCAAAAUCUGGAAUUUUAAAAUCCAAAUUAUAUGACCCCUACUUGGCUAAGAAAACAAAAAAUUGACUUGGUCGCUAGCCAAAAGGAGUAAAUAACUUCAAAUUAGUAUGUGUCUUUAUUUCAAUAGUGGUGAAUAUAUUGAAGUUCGGACUCAUGCUAUGAUACGGUAAAGGUUUUGUUAUAACACCGUCAAGCAUGGCCUUAUCAGGGGUUACAGUAGUAUUUAUCGCAGCGAUUUAUCACAUGAAGCUGAAGUAUAAUCGUAUUACUGUUUUCUCACUCCCCCCAUCCUUGAUCGAACGGCUCGCCAUCGUUCAACCAAGGAUGGGGGUUAAGAGUAUUUAAUAAUUAUUUUUACAGCAAAAAAUCGAAUUAAUUUCAUAAGAUACCAAUUUUUAAUAUUUUGAUUUUUUGGUUACCCCUUUAAACUGUAUAAAUUUUAAUUUGUUCCUUAUUGAAUUAAAAAUUUUAAAUUUUAAAAAAUCUCUAUUUUUAGAUUAUUAAGCCCAGGUUAAUGGCUAAAGCACUUCGGAUGGCUGAUUUCGUAGCUAUCUACCGUUUCAAAGUCUCUGACAACAACUUCAUUAGGCACAUCUUCCCAAGCUUUUGAUAACUAAUAUAUUUUUUAGAUAUAUAAAAAUUUUCAUGAUAUGAAAAUCGUUCAAUCAAGGAUGGGGGGGAGUCAGCAACUAUUUUCCUUGAGAUAUUGACUUUUAUGAUGUUCUAUUCAGCCCAUUAUUUGGAAACAGAAUCCUAUAAUAUUUUGCUGAUGGAAUCGACAUUUGCAACAGUUUUCUUCGAGUGUACUUUUUUUAGAUCUUUAUGAAUAAACGUUUUUAUUCUAAUAAAGCAUAUCACGCUCUGACAUGCAUGGGAAAUGAUUUUUGAAGGACCUGGAAUUACAGGGUCAGCUCAGAUUAUUUCCAUAGUCACUAUAAUCACUAUGUUUAUUUCACGGGAAUUUCUGGCAAGAAAGAUAAGCUAUGGUAGAUAUUCGUAUAGAAAGAAACUGGAAGUUACAGAAAAAAGACUGCAGAUAAUACUCCAAGCUUUUCCAGAUGGACUCAUUAUAUUAAAUUCUAAACUAAUCCCUGAGCUUGUAAAUGAAAAAAUGUUACAGUUUUUAGGAUGCAACUUUGAAAAUAUAAUGGAAACCUUAUCAAAACUUGAAUAUGCCAAAGGCAAAAAACUACAAAAUCUAAACACAUUCUCUCACAAUUUAAUGGAAGACCUGAAAUCUUAUGAUUUACAAGAAAGCGGGGAGCUUAAUUUAGGAAUAAUUGAGUUCAGAAAUUAUAUCCUGCAGUGAAAAGUCAAAAAAAUUAAAUUUGAUGGCAACCAUAUUAUAUUAAUUAGCGCUGCUAAUUCAGAGCAGCUUAUAAAACUUGAACAAACACAAGCUGAAAACAGAUGCAAAUCAUAUAUGCUUAGAACAAUUUCUCAUGAACUAAGAACACCGAUUUCGGCAAUUAUCACUUUUGCAGACCAAGCUAAAGAAGAUAUAGUGAAUCCAGAGACCUUAGAAAAGUUAUCACACAUUCGCACUUCUGGGAAUAUUUUAUCUAAAGGUGAGUAAAAUAAAAAAAAUUAUAUGGCUAUUAAUAUUUAAUUUAUAUAAAAAAUAAAUAUUAGCUAUAAAUUGAAAGGAACUCAAUAUAGUAAUUGGAAUAUUAAAUUUUAUUAACGAUAUUUUAGAUUACAUACAAAUUACACAAGGAAUGUUUGCACUAAACAAAACAAAAUUCAAUAUAAGGGACAAAAUUAAUGAGUGCUGUAAUCAAUUUGGAUUCAUGGCUAAGAGAAAAGGUAUCAACUUUACUGUGAGGAUCGAUCCUUCUGUUCCGGAUGAGAUUUUUACUGAUCCUGAGCGAUUGAACCAAGUCUUGAUGAAUUUUUUGAGCAAUGCAAUCAAAUUCACAAGCAAAGGAUCAAUAGAACUCAGCGCUAUUUUAGCAGAAGAUGAUAGGCUAAAAUUCUGUAUCAGCGAUACAGGCAUUGGGAUUCCUGAGCAAAGAUAUAAGCAACUUUUUGAAUUAUUUAAAAAUCAUAAUUCUGAAGAAAUUGCUUCCCAUGGGUGCGGACUAGGGUUACAUUUGUCUAGCUUGAUCAUCAAGGUUCUUGGUGGCGGGAAAAUCUUUGUGACAUCCUCUCUAGGAAAAGGGACUGUUUUUUCAUUCAAAAUUGAUAUUUUCCUUGAGAAUUCAAAACAAUUGAUAAAUUUAGAUUUUAUGGAGGAUCUAUUAGACCCAAUUAAUCCUGUAAAAGUACUUGCCAAAAAUUCUACUCAUAACUAUCCAAAAGUUCUUAUAGUAGAUGACAAUGAUUUUAACAGAGAAGUCUUAGCAAGCUUACUACAGAGGAAUAAAAUUCAAUACAUAGAAGCAAUUAAUGGCAAAAAAGCUGUAAAAGCAGUCUUAAAGCAGGACAAAAAAAAGAUCCCAAUUAAAUUGGUCAUUAUGGACUGCAGUAUGCCAGUCAUGGACGGCUGAGAAGCGACUAAAGAAAUCAAAAGAUUAUGGGAUACUGGAAAAUUAAGUCAUAUGCCCGCUAUUGUAGGGCAUACAGCUUAUAACUCUGAUAAAGAUGUCACCAUGUGCUACGCAUCAGGAAUGGUUUCGUUCAUCGCAAAACCAGCAAGUCCAGAUAUAAUUUUGAAAACUGUUUCACAAUAUGUGCAAUUUUAA